AAGCGGAAGUAAACAAACCUUGUAUUAUUAAUGCACAAGCUAGGACAAAGGACAAACGAAUGAUUUCUAUAAAAUUGGGACUAGACAAUGAUAAGAAACUGUAGCAUUAAGAAUGCCACCACCAGUGGUUAGACAGACGUUAACAAGUGCCUCUAGGGCUUCAAUAGCUGACGAAAAGAAACGACAGGAAAAAGUAGCUCAUGAGAUUUAUCAAAGAUCUAAGGUAUGUGGAACAAUUGUUUUUCGCUUAGACGCAACUCAAGAUGUUAAUGCUUUACAGAAAGAGAAAGGGAAUAAAAAUGAAGGCAAGAGGAAAUCACGAGAAGUCGGUAGACGUUUAGCCGAGACUAGGAUCACAAAUGAACCGGCAAAUCGUAUGAGAGAAAAAUACGACCCUAGCAAAUGCUGGGACAACAGUGACCUGUCCGGCGGAGCUAUGGGGACUAGUGCUAGUAGGGGAAUGUCCCCUACAAAUCACAAUGGCGGUAGUAUUACACAUGGAAAGGACAUCACAGGUAGAAGUGGACAGUCAAGUGGAGCUACUGCUACUAGCAGUAGAGGCCUUCCUCCAAGUCUCAAGAUUCAGUAUUCAACUGCCAGUGUUACAGAUCCCUAUGGAUACACCAGGAUUUCAGCGUCAGAGAGAAGGCUAUACAGCGAUAACUGGAACUUUUACCGGAACAAAAUUUAUUCUAAACCACCACCAGGGCAUACAAUUGAAGAAAUGUUAAAAUGGAAGGGAGACUACGGUAUGCUUGAAAGAAACCAUCGCUAUAUUCAGUGGCUGUUUCCAAUACCUGAAGGAAAUGGUUUGAAUAUGUACGCUCAGCAAUUAUUUGAACAUGAAGCACAAGCUAUUAGAGAUGACGACUCAGCAUCUGAACGAGUUUUAAAGGCGUAUAAAAUGAUGCUAGACUUCUAUGGUAUGCAAUUGGCCUGCAGUAUACAAGGAACUGUGAAAAGAUCAAGUAAAGGCUGGAUAGACAGAUACGAUCAUUUAAACAGAUCUCGCCACAAUUUACUACGGAUCACUAGAAUUCUGAAGUCUUUGGGUGAACUGGGAUAUGAACGAUUGCAAGCACCGUGGGUAGAUUUUCUUAUCGAGGAAGCGGUGGUUAAGAAAGAGUUGCCCAAUCUCAAUGGUUCGUGUCUAAUGCACUGGGUUAUGGCUGUGAAAGAUGAUGGAGAACGAGAAGUGUUGUUCAGAAAAGCUAAUGGUCUGCCUAUAAAUCAGGAUAAUGCUGAUAUGGAUAACAUUGGUUCAGAAUCUGAGGAUGAAGAUAAAGAAGGGGAAGAAAUGCAGAAUCAGAAUAAUGCAGAAAUGCCGAGUCAAACUCCUGAAACUGGUGCAAACCAACAGGCAACAAAGGACGCUGAAGUGUUGAAACACAUUGAUAAAGCUACGGCUAUGUUUAAACAGACAAAAGUUGCAGAAUCUGUGAACGCUGCUUCUGUGUCAAAACAAAAAGGCGACAAACCUGAUGAAAAACAAAUUAAGGAUAAUUCUGAAGCAAGUCGUGCAAAGACUAUGGAUAAAUCGACAAAAUCUGCAGAAUUUGUGAAUUCUGCUCCUGCAUCUGUGUCAAAACAGAAGCAUGAAAUACCAAAUGAAAAAUCCAUGAAGGACAAAACUGUUCAAACAACAAAUGCAGGAAUGAAAUCGACUGUCACGGGAGAAACAGCAUCUGGAAAGCAGUCUACAGGAGAAUCAUUCCAACGAAGUGACAACUUGAAAUUUUAUCAGAAUAUCAUACUUUCAAGGCCUGCAUCCGGUUUUACAAUAGAGACUAUUUUGAAACAUAAAGGAAAUUACAAAUUCUUUGAUGACUAUCCGGGCUUUAUACAAUGGUUGUUUCCUGUUCCUGAAUCCACGGGUAGGAAUGCAGAAGCUCAGCCGCUAUAUGAACAUGAAGCAAAGGUAUAUACACCUAGCACAAUUUUAAGAUCCAGGGGAAUACGAGAUGAUGAUGAACUCAGCUCACGAGUUCUUGAAGCAUUCAAAGUGAUGUUAGACUUUUAUGGCAUGUGGCUCUGUGAUGAGGUUAAAGGGAAAUUCAAACGUAUUAAAGAAACAUAUAAGGAGAGAUACGAAUAUUUACAAAGGUACACGGUUAAUUACAUGAGAAUCACCCGAAUCCUAAUAUCUAUUGGCGAACUUGGACUAGACAGAUUCCAGUGUCCGUGGAUUGACUUCCUUAUUUCUGAGGGCAUAGACAAUGCAUUGUUUCCAACUCUUGGUGGACACAGCAUAAAGCAUUGGAUAAGUGCAAUAAAGGAUGAAGGAGAAAAGCAUGCAAUGUUUCUAAAAUAUCAGAAAUUAGCAGGACAUAAGGCACUCAUUGCUGAUACAGAGGAAGAUAUGGAGGUCUCCAACGAUGUUUAUAUUGCACACAACACAGAAUAUAGCACUAAUGCAGACGUUGACUAUGCUAGAGCUGAAGGAUAUUGGGGUUAUGAUUCACUUGAUUUUGUGUAGCAGUGAUCGAAAUCGGGCAUUUUGGAAAUUAAGUAAAUGCAACCUAGAAUCACGUGCCUACUGAUCUUCGAAUGUAUAAAUCGAAAUAAUAUGAUCUUUAUAUUGAAGAGGUUUACAAACACAUUUCUCCACAAUGUACAAAGUUCCAUUAGUACGAAAUCUAUGAUUUUCUUUCCCGUCAUUAGUGUUAAAUUUAAAUCAUGCGUACAUAUGGCUUGUCAUGCAGAGAAACUUCUCGGAAUAGAGAGUUAUCUGCGUUUUACCUGACAUCAUGUGCUUGCUGGUGCGAAAUUCCGCUUCUAGUCUGUAUGUAUUGACCUUGUCCACUCGCAGAUUUGAAUGUGAUAUGAUGGAACAACUUUUAUUGUAGUUAGUAGACAACUCAUUUCAUCCUUACAAGUGGAGGAACUGACAUGAGUUGGUGUUGAUGUUCUGCUCACUUUGUGUACGAGUUCGAGCUUUGCUCUGGCGUUUAAGUGAGCUGGCUUACAAAAAGUCGGUAGUUAUAGGAAAGUGCCAGCACGUGGUCAAAAUUAUGUCAGAAGAAGCAUAUAGGGGACUUCCUCCACCAUUAUAAAUUAUAACAUUGAAGUCGCCAUAUGACAUUUUUUGUAAAAAUACGAACAUACCGUAAAAUCAUACUGUUAUUAUUGCUUAGGAUAGGAGAAUAGUUUAUCCACAUUGUAGUCGUAAAUAUGUAUAUAAGUUCACUUUUUUAUGACUUCAUAUUUGAAUAGUUUUAGCAUUGAGUCUCAUUGCAAAUUGUUGAAGAAAAACAAGUUGAAGGUCAUUGCAUUUGAAAUCAGUAAGUGCCUGAAGUAUACCAUCAAGCGAGUGGCAUGCAGACUUUCAGGUUGAUAGAGGAUGGGUAUGGGACAGUUGUGCUUUGAAGGAGUUUAAUUUACUUGUACAGCACUCUCUCAUUUUUCAUUUUCUUAAAAUGAAUCGAGUGAACGUAAAGUAAAACGUCAGUUUUGAUGCAGCAGUUAUGCGAACAUUAACGGUUGUGAACACAUGUUGAAAGUUCUGAAUUUAUUUGAUAAAUUAUUUAUUAAAGUA